AUGGAAAUUCCUUCGUCUUCAUCCGAAGUAAUGUGCACUGACACAAAAGAAAGAUUGGGCUUUCAAGUGGAUUUUUCUUGGGGUGUUGGUUCCCUUCGACAAUGUGCAGGAUUCCCGGCGCGAUUUCUCGACCCACAGGAUCAGAACUGCUACUUUACCCCACUUGGUUCCCUUGUAGUUUGCUGGGAUGUGACAACAAGACAAAGGAAGUACUCUUUUCAAGCCCACAGUGAUUUGAUUACUGUCAUGCUCUAUAAUUCCCACCUCAACGCCACUCUGACUGCGUGUUAUAGUGGUGAAAUUAAACUUUGGAGUCCAAACUGGGAAUUGCUCCUCAGCUGUAAUGCAACAAUUGGAGAUGUUCAUUUUGCUGACUGGUCAACAAAUGGAAAGCGAAUUGUACUCUGUGGCGAUAGUAUUCUUUCGGAUUCUGUUGUGAUCGUAUUCGACCUGGUUAAGCAGCACGAAAAAUGGGAAAUUCAAGAAAGGUGGACGGUAUCCCCCAAAACGCACAAAUUAGGCACUCAAAGUUCUUGCAGCUCUUUCCAAGAAAAAAAAGGUUCGGGAGACCUCACUGAAACACCUGAAUCAUUCAUCAACGAAGGCGAACCAAGCUCUACAUAUGUAGAGCAGAAAGAUUUCUAUGACAUGGCCAUCUUUGCAUCACAGAACAAUGUUAUUGCACUUCUUCAGAGACACCACAAUCAUUUCAGUGAAGCUCACCUGUUCUCAGAAACUGGCAUUUUCUUGAAAUCUCAAGCCCUAGAUCCCCUUGGAGAUUCGAAAGCAUCUAUGAUGUGUUUGUCACCAUGCCACAAUGGUAUUGUGGCUGUGGGAUUUCAGGGAGGAAUCUUUCUCCUGCUCCAUGAGGCUGAUCUGUCAAUUGCAUCAUUCCUUCAGGCCACAGGUUCAGCACAGGUUGCACUGUGGCAUGAAAACUACCUUCUUGCUGUUUCUUACAUGUCAGGAAUUUUUUCCUGGUGGACAACCGGAGGAGAACUUGUUCACGAAAUUAAAGGAGGCCCUACAAAUUCUAUUAUCCAUCUCAACUGGGCAGUACCAGGAAGAGCUCUAUGGGUAGGUGGAAUCAUGUCUCUCCAUCAUCUCUCAUUGGAAUACAACAACCCUGGAGACCAAUUUCCUCACUUUUUAAAGCAGGACCAUGACUUAAAAUUUCUUGAAGUCACUGGAUGUGGAGUUGCAAUGAAUGAGAAAAACUUAGUCCUGGCAGGAGAUUUCACAGGUAACAUCUACAUAUGGCAAAAGGGUAAAACUGAUCCAAUAUUCAAAACAAAGCAUGAAAGCUCCAUCAGAUGUCUUACCUGGAACAAUGACUAUGCUUUCAUUGGUUGUUUGGAUGGUGAUCUUCUAAGAUGGCUACCAAAUGGAGAUGUUCCUCCAUGUACUGCUUUGACUUGUCUUGGUGGCAUUUUGACAAUGGCUUGGUCACAUGAUUGCACCAGCUUAGCAAUUGGCUUGGACAGUGGGCAUCUGUGCCUUUACAUGUUUCAACCAAUCAACUCCUCUCAGCCCAAGGAACUCCUAAAUUUUAGAGCUCAUUUUAGUGAGAGAGAGGGCCAACAGGUGGCAGCUGAAAUCUGGAGUUUGUGUUGGAGUCCAUGUUCAUCUAUGAUUGCCACAGCAUCUGAGGAUCAGACAGCCUGUGUAUGGAAUUCCUCCAAUGGUGAGUACUGCUUUCUGUUUUCCAAGUGAUUAUUCAGUGUAUUAUACCAUAAAUUAUAGCUUGAUAGUAGACAGGCAUGGUACAUGUUGAAAUAAAGCCUAUAACUAUAUGCACAGCUGCACAAUUGUACAAGUAUCUUUCAAAGAUAAUCAGAUAAGGAUUCUACACAAUCAAGCUUUUUUUUUUUCCUUAGCAUAAUUAAUUUAUAGCUGUUCAAAGCAAUUUGAAUCAAAGAAAAUUCACACCAAGUCCAUCCCCAGGAAUAUUUUGCUCCCCAUCAGUUCUCCCCUUUUAUGGCAUGGCCUAAUUUUUUUUGGUUUAAUAUAUUUCAGUCAAAGAUCACUCAUUUCAGAAAUUACUGACAUUACUUCAACUUCAUCAAUAAGUAAUCAGUGAUAGUUGAUUGCUAACCAGUCAAUGACUAUUUGAAUGAUUGAUGCCGAUUUUAACACUAGAAUAAAAUAAGUAACAAUAACUAACAUCUCAUUCAAAUGGAGAUAAGUUUAUAAAGUGUAUUUCCCCUUGCAUUCACUGCAAGUAGACACUGAUUUUUACUAGAGGUCAGAACUAGCAGAAUCCUCUUUGUGUAUACUAUUUGGUAUAUGAGCAUGAAAAACUCUUCAUGGAAAUGCAAAUUUAAAUGAAUGCAAAUUUCAAAUUUUAAUAAGUCAAUGGUUAAACUGCUUAAAUUAUGCACCUGCAUGAACAUAAAUGGAUCAAUCACUAUAUCUGAAGGUAUUACAUGUAAUACCCAUAGUAUGACUAUUAAAUACAGAAACAUUUGUUUUAUUGAACAUUUUGUCUUGGUUACUGGUUUUAUGAAAUGCAAUUGAUGACGUUAUGUUCCACCUGCUCGUUAUGUAGUGAAAAGCAUAUGUACAUGUAUCAAAAGUUAUGUUCUUGUGUUGCUACUUCAUGUUGAUACAUGUAGUUCUCAAAUCUACAGUACUGAAUAGCAUAUGAAAUCUGAACAGUGAAAAGUUAAUAUUAAAAUAUUAAUGUUUCAAUAAUAUAUUUACACCUUUAGAAAUAACAUUAAAGUAGUUGAAAGUGUAGCCAUGAACAUGGGAUAUGAUGCAAUGUGCAAAAGUAUUGAUUUACUGAGUACUUUCAUUUGUGUGUCUGUAUCCUGUGCUUGAGUGGAAAGGACUGAUCAUUUUAUCUGAGCUUUUGCACAUAUAUAAGGUUUAAUUUUUUUUGCUUCAUGCUUAAUUAUAAUUUACAUACAUGUAAUAUUGAAAGAUUAUUUCACUUUCUAAACAAUGAACACUUUAGUUCCACCUAUUGCAUUGUUUUAAUGAUUAAUAGUUUUCAAACAACCGAGUGACCCAAUUAUGUGGUGAUUUUUACUGGCUGGUGAUUUCUAAUAUUUUUAAUUAAAUAAGGAAUUUGCAGGUAUGAAACUGGAAAUACAUGUUUGUUUUUGGAAAUCUAUUGUCGCCAGUUUGUCAAGUCAGUUUUGUGACUGACUGGCCACUGGGUCCUUGAUUUGUAGUUGUUGCCAUUUUUGUGUCCUUAAUGACAUUUUGUAAAAUAAAUGUAUUUGUUCGUUGUACAGGUAAAUAAUUUGCAAUACAACAGAUCAGAGAAGUCAAGUUGCUUAUCAGCGCUUCUUCUUAUUAUUCUUUGUUCAAAGCAUUUAUUUAUUUUCUUAAAAAUUUGCAUUCAUUUGGUAAGCUUUCCCAUUCAUUGCCAUUCAAACUUUCUCAUUCAGUUAAUUUUCCUAUAAUUAUAGACUGAAAUGAGCAAUUCAGAAUCCAAAAUUUUCAGAUGAAAUCCCUGAACCAAUCAAUAAUGGUCUAAUCGCAGGGCAGGACAUCUUGUUUCUCACUGAUGAACAUGUUUUGCACAAUAUACAAAACAAAAACAAAAGAUGAACAGCUAUUUUUACUUUAGAGAAUUGCAGGGUGUUUUUUUUAAUUUUUUUGUUCUGAAGAACAGUUAUAAAUCAUCACAAUCAUUGUAUUCUUUAGGAGUAAAAAUUAAAACACUUACUGGGCAUACAACAGCUGUGACAUCAAUUGACUGGAAGGAAAUGGCAAAUGGGCAGUUGUUAUUGGCAACUUGUGCUGAUGACAGGACAGUGCACUUACGAGAUGGCGUUAAUUUUGAGAUGAAGCAUGUCUUUGGCACAAAAGACAUCCCAGGAUGGUACACACUUACCUACCUGAGCUUGAACCCCACCAAGCAUUGGUGUCUCUGUUCAACGCAGAAUGGGCGUUUAGUUCUCUGGGACUGCUUGAGUGGUGAAAGACUUGCAUGCAGGAAAAUGCAUGCAGGUUCUAUUGAAGGAUUGGUGUGGAACAAUGAUUAUUCUCUGUGUGCCACUGUUAGUUCAGACUGUGUAGUGAACACAUUUAGUGUGGACGAAAUACAAUCAAAAUUGUGA